AUGAGGUUUUCGUCGCCAUGGCCGUGGUGUGCAUGGCAGCCUCCUUCCCGCACCGCCGAGGUUUCUAUGGUGGUCAUGGGCGUGGGGGAUACUAUGGAGGGCAUCGUGGCCACGGUCACGGUGGCGGUGGCGGUUAUGGCGGUGGUUCUGGCUUCGGAGGCGGUCGUGGCGGCGGUCAUGGCGGCGGUCAUGGCGGCGGUCAUGGCGGCGGUUAUGGCGGCGGUCAUGGUGGCGGCCUCGGAGGCGGUCAUGGCGGCGGUCUUGGAGGCGGUCAUGGCGGCGGCCUCGGAGGCGGUUAUGGUGGCGGUCAUGGCGGUGGUCUUGGCGGCGGUGUCCAGCCCCAACCGCUCCCCAUCGCCCCUGGCGGUGGAGCAGGCGGUGGAGCAGCGGGAGGUGCAUACGGUGGCAGCUUCGGCGGUAGCAAUCCUUUUGGCGGCACCUACGGAGGAAAUUACGGAGGUGGAUUUGGAUCCACCCAAGGAGCGGCGGGUGGGGCUCCCGGUGGAGGUGCUACGGGUGGAAGCGUCGGUGGGGCGUACGGCGGCUCCUUCGGUGGCAGCAAUCCUUUUGGCGGCACCUACGGAGGCAAUUAUGGAGGCGGGUUCGGCGCAACCCAAGGAGCAGUCGGGCGGUAAGCGGCUCUCCUAGUCCGGAAACGAGAAAGAAGGUACAAAAGCCUGCCAAUCCUGCCAAGCCCGUCAUCUUCCCUUCGUCUCCAUCCACGUUCAUCUCGUUCGUCGUCCGACCGACGUCGACGGCUAAAGUCACCCGUUGUUCGUUGUUAUCGUCAUUUUUCGUCGUUGUUCUGUUCAAUAAACGUACCGAUUGCA